AUGUCGUCUGUGACCCGUGCUGUGAGCUCAUAUUUUGCACGAUACUCAAGCAAGGAAUGGACAGACUACUUCCUAUCGACUCACUUCUGGGGACCGGUCGCUAACUGGGGCUUGCCACUUGCCGCUCUCUCUGAUCUCAAGAAGAAUCCUGACAUGAUUUCCGGCAACAUGACUGUGGCUUUGUGCAUCUACUCUACUGUGUUCAUGAGGUUUGCGUGGAAGGUGCAGCCUCGUAACUUGUUAUUAUUUGCCUGUCAUUGUACCAACUUUUCGGCUCAACUGGCGCAGUUCUCUCGUUGGUCGAACCAUCAUUACCUUCAUGUAUUCCAGGAUCCGUAUGCCAAAAAAGCGUUGAAACAGUAG